UGCAUAAUUAUGAAAAUUUGUUAGCUUUUAUAAUAAAAAAAAAAAUUUGUUAAUGGAUUGGAUUUUCGAUCAAUGAUUACAAUGUUGCGUCUUAUAGCACUCAAAUGAGUUUUUUAUUUUGUUGUUUUGUAUUGCAAAAAAAUAUUCUUCCCUUUAUUCGGAUUUUGGAAUCUUGAAAGCCCUUUGUUUCUGAUACAAAAUGACCGAUGCUGUUGCUGCCGCCGAAACGGAUUCCAUUUCGGAUAUUCAGGAUUAUCUUCAAACAUUUAAUAAAGAAGUAGAUGAUGGUGGACAGACUACAACCGCUGCUACAACUGUCGCUGAUGCUAAUGAUCAAUCGAAUUCAACGAAUCAAUUAAUUUAUACGAUAGAUGGUAAAGAGAUUGCCGGCAAUAUUGUUUUGGCAGAUCAAGAUGGUCAAUCAGAACAAUCGGGUAAUUUUCAGACAUUUAUGGUUAUGAAUGAUCAACAAUAUAUGUUGAUCAUGGAACAAGAAACCGGAGCUGGUGAUGAACAACAAGCAUUGGUUGUCACUGCGACUGACGAUGAACAACAACAACAAACUAAUGGUACAAAUGAUCAAACGGCCAAUUCGAAUCAACGACAAGAACCGGCAUCGAAUGUUUCGGAAACACCAGCAAAACGUACACGUGGAAUGUUUCGUAAAAAUCAACGAAUCAAAGAAGAAUUAAUGGAUGAUGAUAGUCAUAAUGAUAUCUCUGUUUAUGAUUUUAAUGAUCAACCAAAUCGAAAUAAUGCAUCACAUGGAACGACGGCUGGUAGUUCUUCGAAAAAUCAAUCAACAGUAUCGGCAGAUGAUGAUGAUCCUGAUUUUAAAACACCAUCAAAACGUGGACGACCGGUAAAAUCUUCGGAAUCAUCAUCACGUAAAACAAAAUCUGGUUCCAGCUCAUUGGUAUUGAAUACUUCAAGUGGCAGUAGUAGUUCAAAUGUUCAUGUUUGCACAUAUUGUACUUAUACUAGUACAAAACGUUAUCUUUUAUCACGUCAUCUAAAAUCACAUAGUGAAGAUCGACCACAUAAAUGUGGAAUUUGUGAACGUGGUUUUAAGACAUUGGCUUCAUUACAGAAUCAUGUCAACACCCAUACUGGUGUUCGUCCUCAUCAAUGUAAAUUUUGCGAUGCUGCAUUCACCACAUCCGGAGAAUUAGUUCGUCAUAUUCGUUAUCGUCAUACACAUGAAAAACCUCAUCGUUGUACUGAAUGCGAUUAUGCAUCAGUAGAAUUAUCCAAAUUAAAACGUCAUAUGCGUUGUCAUACAGGUGAAAGACCAUAUCAAUGUCCACAUUGUACAUAUGCAUCGCCUGAUACGUAUAAAUUGAAACGUCACCUUCGUAUUCAUACAGGUGAGAAACCAUAUUUAUGUGAUGUUUGCCAUCAACGAUUCACUCAAAGUAAUUCAUUGAAGGCUCAUAAAUUGAUACAUACAGGAAAUAAGCCUAUAUUUAAAUGUGAAUUUUGUCCAACCACUUGUGGACGAAAGACCGAUUUACGUAUUCAUGUUCAAAAACUUCACACUAGUGAUAAGAUGUUAACAUGUAAACGAUGCGAUCAAUCAUUCCCGGAUCGUUAUCAAUUCAAAAUGCAUCUAAAAACACAUGAAGGUGAAAAAUGUUUCAAAUGUGACUUGUGCAGUUAUGCAUCGGUAUCAGCACGUCAUCUUGAAUCACACAUGUUGAUUCAUACAGACCAAAAACCUUACAUCUGUGAGGUUUGUCAAUUGUCAUUCCGACAAAAACAAUUAUUAAAACGCCAUAAAAAUCUUUAUCAUAAUCCAAGCUAUGUACCACCGGUUCCGAAAGAAAAGACACAUGAAUGUGCACAAUGUUCGAAAGCUUUCCGUCAUAAAGGAAAUCUUAUACGCCACAUGAGCCUCCAUGAUCCUGAUGCUAAAAACAAUUUAUCAAAAGAUGCUGAUUUGAUGGGAAAUUCCCAGCUAAUCGAUGAUGAAUAUUAUGAAGAUGAAGAAGAUUAUGAAUUAGAUGAUCCUACACAAGUUUCAAUUAUAGCAGCUGAUUCAAGUGGUAACAUAUUGGAUUCAUCGACUGCCACCGAUGGCCCCAUACAGAUUACAUUAGAUCAACAGCUUAUUGAUUCCAAUAAUGAUCCAGUAAUGUUGUUGUUGGUAUCAGGGGAUGGUGGUGAUACAUCUUCCAAUGGGCAAUCUACUACAGAUACGGCUACAACUGCAACUGUUACAGCAGCAACAACUUCUACACCAAGAAUCAUUUCACGUUCCGCUCGUGUAACAAGAAGUUCGGCUAAAGCUAACGAUGUUCAAGUUAUCUAUGAGGAAUCAAAAUCCAUGUUGAAUAGUGGAAAUGGCGAUACUUCAGCUAUUUCGGAACCAGCAUCUCAAAUAUCGUUUGAUAAUAACGAUACAAUAAACUAUGAAGAACAAUUACAAAAACAAAAAGAUCUAGAAGCUUGUUUUGGUUUCAAGGAUGAAGACGAUGAAGAUGAGAUUAUUUUGUCUAUGCCUGCCGUUCAUGGACAAUAAAUAUGAUGAAAAAUGAUUAUGAUUAUUCGAUUUAUAUACAAUUCAUCAUUAUC